GAAACUCGGGCUUUGCAAUUGGGCUUUCGCAUUUUCGUAGCCAGGUCACAAUUCCCCGGUCAGUCAUCGUGUCGACAUUCUUCCGCCUCAUUGUUCCUCCUCUUUGAAUGAAGAGAGGGAGGGAUCUGCUCAAACGCAUCAACAAAACUUUCGCCACUCUCCAAAACCAUAUGCCCCAGGUACCGAUGGAUGCAUCGGAGCGAUACUGUUAUAGCCCCAGAUUGCGCUGGAACCCUGAAGUAGAAGACUACUUCGUUAAAGCAUACGGGCCUCUACAUUUUGCUAAAAUCUCCGAGGCCUUAACGCGUCCGUCCUGCUACUCUUGUAUCCGAGUGAAUACGCUCAAGUGCACGAGUGAUUCUGUAAUGGAGAAGCUGCAGAAGAUAAUUAUAAAUUUGGGACCUGGAAAUGGUAUUGAAGGCGUAAAUUCAAGUGAAACUGAUGCCGGUGGUAGCUUGGAUGUGUCUGAGAAUCAAUCACGAGUAAAAAAUGGGCUCAUCUCAAAGUGUGACAUACCCGGGUUAGAUUAUGUUGUAUUUGUUAAGGGGUGUGGACCACAUGUGAUUGACUAUGGUUAUACGCCUGACAAGCCUCCUAAGGAGGUACUUGUCAGCAGGAAGUGUGCUGAAGCAGUUCUUCGAGGUGCUCAGUCACCCGACACUGUUGCUGCUUCUUCUUCCUUCAAGAUUAGGCAUCUUUCUUCAAGAUCAAGUCUGUGACAAGAAAGAUCCACAUUUUCUUCUCUUCUUUUUUGCUUUCUUCAAGUUUGAUUCUCUCAUUCCUUCCAAGUUCCAACGUUCUUUCCUUUUUUCUUCUUUUUUUGCUCUGUUUCCCUUUGCAAGUGGAAACAACUUCAUCUAGGUCCAGUAAUAAGAAAGAUCCUGGUUGGAA